UCUCGCCUGGCUGGCUGGCGAGCGUGGCCGCACUUUUUGCGCAGGAGCUUCUGCGCUGCGUUCUCCAGGCAGUGUCGGGUCGCCCCAGCAGGAGGCCGGCAGUCGGUGGCAAUGUCGGCGCUGGAGUGGUUCGCCCACAAGUCCCUGGGCGGCGGCAUCUACUGGAUCCAGGAGCGCUUCUACGAGUCGGGCAACCGGGCCAACAUCUGGCUAGUGCGCGGCUCGCAGCGGGACGUGGUGAUCGACACCGGGCUCGGGCUGCGCAGCCUUCCCGACUACUUGUACCUGGCCGGGCUUCUGGGUCCCGAGAUGGCGGGCGAGGAGGAGGAGGAGGAGAAGGCGCCUCCGGGGGGCGGCGGGCGGCGGCGGCCGUUGCUGGCCGUGGCCACCCAUGUGCACUUCGACCACUCUGGCGGGCUGCAUCAGUUCGAGGAGGUGGCCGUGCACAGCGCCGAGGCCCCCGCCCUGCGCCGCGGGGACAACUACGAGACGGUCACUUGGCUCUCGGACAGCGAGGUGGUGCGGCAGCCCAGCCCCGGCUGGAGCGCCAGGCAGUUUCGAGUGCGGCCCGUCCAACCCACGCAUGUCCUGCAGGAGGGGGACGUGAUCAGCCUUGGUGACAGACAGCUUACUGUCAUGCAUAUGCCUGGCCAUUCAAGAGGAAGCAUUUGUUUGCAUGACAGGGAACGGAAGAUACUGUUCAGUGGGGAUGUUGUGUAUGACGGUUCCAUGAUUGACUGGCUUCCCUACAGCAGGAUAAGUGAUUAUGUUGGAACCUGCCAGAGGCUGAUAGAAUUAGUGAAUAGGGGUCUUGUGGAGAAAGUCCUUCCGGGACAUUUUAACACCUUUGGAGCUGAGCGGCUUUAUCGUUUGGCUUCCAACUACAUUUCUAAUGCUGGGGUUUGUCACAAAGUCUCUACCUGUGCAAUGAGAUCUCUCGCCAGUCUAGCACUUCGUGCAACAAAUUCUAGAACCACUUCAUAGUAUAGUAUGCACAACAUGUAUUAUUGUAAAAACCCAAUGGCUUAUGUAUUUUAUUUUGCCAAUGCAAAGAUAACCUUUAAAGGAAAAGCAGGCUGAUGAGCCAUUAAAGAUACUUAUUUUUACCUACUUCCUUUCUAUUUAAAAAACAGUAAAAGCUAGUAGCUGUGCCAUAGCUACUGAUUUUCCUUCUAUUUUUUCAAGGCAGGUUUGCACAUAAGUUGAAUGCUAUUUGACAGAUAUGCUACACAUGUUUUGUAUUUUACAGAAUUUUGAAUCAUAUAAUAUGCUCAAUGGAGAAGUUUUACAUUAAUAUCCAAUUUUUCAACGUCUUACAUUAGGGGUUUAUGUUUAAAGUAUAUUUAUAAUGGCUGAAAUUUCUUAUAAGCAGUAUAUUGGGGUGGGGGGAGUUAUAACAUUCCACUGUCUCUUUAAAUGCACAGUUAAGUACCCAAAAUUUUAAUUUUUAUUGUAAGAAGUGAAUGUAACAUAAAGUGAUUACCAAAUGUUGUUAGAAAGCACUAAUAUGUAUUAUUACACUUGUUUGGGGCGAAAAGUAUGUUGCAUUUGAUUAUUGUUUCUAAAACAAAUGAAAUGUCUGUGAAUAUUUGGAAUAUAUUGCUUGCUUUUUAAAUGUGACUUUUAAAAAAGAAACUAAAGAUAUGAGUGCAUAAUUGUUAAAAGUUCAGUCGUAACAGUUUGAUAUAUGAUAUAGAAACCAACCUUUGAAAGUCUUUUUGUUAUUGUGGUUUAACAGCUGCAGAACCACGUUAGUAGUUGUGGGUCAUAACUUGUUUUCAGGAUCAUUGUGGUACUAUAGUGGGUUUCAGGAGCAAGAGAGCACAUUUUGUGGAAAAGGCUGCAGCUGUCAAGCAUCAUGGCUAUAGUCAGCUUUACACCACAGGAUUUGUGAUUUCAGGUAUAUAAGUGGUUUUGAACCUUGUUCUUGCCCGCUGAGAUAUGCUCUUUUUCUCUGCUUGUUUCUCCUAUCUUCUUCUACUUUGCAUAUAUUUUGCUUUCAAGCUACUUAACAAAAAUCUGUGUGUGCACAUGUAUUUUCCCUCAGUGCAAAAUCCUAUGUAAUAAUCCCUUUCGAGUUUACCAGUUUCUUGUGUGAAGAUGGAGUUUGUUUCGUGAAGCCAAAACUUAAAUCGUCUGUUUGGUUCUAGAUUUUAGGUUCUCUGUUCAUUUCUUGUAAGAACAGUAAAUAGCUUCAGGAUUGUGGCCACUGCCAAAACCUAUUUUUGAGCCUUCUAUCACUUGAUUGUAUAAUCUCUCGAAAUCAAAGAGCUCUGCACAUACAGAUUUUGACCACUGUGUAUUCAGCACUUUAGCCCUAAGGAGUCUUAAGGAUGGAUGGAUGUAUUCAGUUCCUUAAAUGUUAUCUGUGCCUAGUUCCUGUUUUAGACAGGAGCAAAACAGUAUAAGCAGGAAGAUCAGAUUUGCAAAUGAGAGAAUCCUUUAUAAUACGUGUACCAAACUAACGGGGAAAUUGCUCUUAGCUUGGGAUUGCUCUUAGCUUCAGAAGGAUUGUUGUAAUGAGAACCACUAAAAUGGGAUCCUUCAAUGCUUGGGAAAAAGUUACUGACCACAUUUGGCUUGAAAAGGGAUUGUUACUUACAAAACAUUAGUAUGAAAGUUAAAAGUUCAACUAAUUCUGAGGGCCGAUGUAGGCAUAAAAGAAGGGAUUCUCAUAACUGGAGUCAGCUAUACUAUUGCAUGCUCCUUUCCCCCCCUCUCCUGGAGUGAAUUACUGUGUCCUGCCUUAGCUGUGGUUGUGUAUUAAGAGCAAUAUUAACCAUAGUUAAGGCUAACUUUCAUUCCUGCUUCAUGGAUAUUUAUAACCAGCUUGGAAGUGGCUCUUUGAGAAAUGUUAGUGCCUUGUUUCUUUUCUUGACUGAAUAUUAGAGUGACUUUGCUAUUCUGGAAUAUUGCUAAGGUACUAAUGAAAAUUUUGCCUUUGAAGUAAAGAAAGCUCCCCCUUUUGAGCUCCUCUGGCCAAUGUUUUGAAAAUUCUUUAAUGAACUCCUUCCCCUUAGUAACUUUUAAUAGAUCACUCGUUGGAAGAAGCAGCAUGUCUACCAAAAAUUGGGUUUCAUUGUAAAAACUGAUUUGAGUUACUGCUAUUGAGACAGUUCUCUUGACUUCUUGAGUCAGCAGUUACCUACAAAAACACUAUAGAAUCCUGUGGAUUUUUUUCUAUGGACAGAAGGAUUUCUGCUCACGGAGCACAACUUUCACCUCCCCUUCCUGUGGUUGCCUAACCCCCGCCCCCAGUCUUGUUCCUGGGGUUCCAAGGUAAGAAAGUUAUGCUUUGUGACCUGAAAUCUUUCCACGUGAAGAAAUCCUCCAGGAAAAUCUAAGCCUAUGAUUUUAAAUCGAGGACUUGUACUCUAUUAAUAUUAAAUUCAUGCUUGCAAAGCCAGAUGAUCUACUGAAAUAAAUUUUAAUUUAGAAGUGAGUCAUGUUUGAUUUUUGGAUUAGUGCUGGUUAGUAAAGUACAGUUUCAGAGUUCCAGGAGGAUAUAAUUUUGUUUUUAUUUUUAUAUUAAAGCAAGUGUUCACUUUCUAAACGAUUUUUAUUUUUUUAACUUAAUCACUACUUACUGUGUUUGGAAUUUGAAGCAUAUCUGUUCACUUAAAAUAUUGCAGAAUAUAAGGCAUUUACUGUUGCUUUAUUUGUAAAAGGUCUAGAAGCCUCUUACCUAUUCAUGGUUGGGGUUGCUUUUAACAGCUGAAAAUUGAACCUAAAUUAAUAUUGAACCUAAAUUAAUCCUAUUAUUGAUUCAACUUUUUUUUUAGUUUAACUGGGCUAUGGAUUAAGUGUGUUAAAAGAGGCUUAAAGACCUUUUUAAAAUUAUAAAAUGUUAUACUGUCCAAAUUUUACUAAUGGUAUUCCACUGUUUCAAGGAAAACUGUAUUAUUUUAUCAUGAUAUUGAUAAUAAAAGGAAUUAUAACAGAAAAUGCACUUAUAGUAAUAGUUUCCAUGUUAUAUUUGACCCAACCCAAUGUUUGUGCAUUUUGAGAAACAGGAGCCACUGCAGCAUUUCACAUUAUCCAUGAACAUCUCUUUCCAAAGGCCAUCUGGAGGUCUUCCAGUUUCCUUUAGUUAGUUUUUGGUUUAAUUUAAUUUGUUUUAAUUUAAAUAAUAUUGACAGUGCCCCCACCCCAUAUUUUAAAAAAGCAGAAAAUGCUGUGUUUAGGACAAAAUGUAGAAGAUUUUUGGAAGCCAUGAUGGUAACUAUAACAUGGAAAUAGGGUUGCCAGCUCCAGCUUUGGAGAUUCCUGGAGAUCUGGGGAGUGAAACCUGGAGAAAGUGGGGUUUGGGGAGGAAAAGGACCUUGGCAUGGCAUAAUUCCAUAGAGUUCACCCCCCAAAGUAGCCAUUUUCUCCAGGUUAACUGAUCGCUGUGGCCUGGAGACAAGUUGUAAUUCUGGGAGAUCUCCAGCCAGUACCUGGAGGCUGGCAACCCUACAUGGAAACAUACACAUGUUCAAACUAUUCACUUCACUCCCACAAACAAUUCAAAAUUGAUUUGGUGGGGAGAGGUGGCAUUUUUCCAAAGUUCAGUAAGUUACACUUGAUCUUCUUUGAAUGUUGCAGUGAUUAACUGCUGGCUUCUCAAAUAAAGAUUGCCAUUUUUCCUUGUUUCCAAAAGGCAUCGGUCAGUGCUCUUUGAAACCUCAGCAUCUCUAAUAUAGUUUUGUCUACAAUAACUUCUGUACAAACUACAGGCCUUUCACUGUUCUUCUCCUUCCAGUUUUGUUAUGACAUCUAGGCAAAUGAGUUCUGGAAAGCUUGAAAGCUUGUCUAAGGGUUUGUGAUGAAUCCUAAUAAAAUGUAUUCGUGGCUGAUGUGUUCAGAUUUUUCUGUGCACCAACACAGUUACCUGCCACAUAUAUCUGAUGACUUAGGUAACAGUAAUCCCUUUGUCUAAAAACGUUAGUCCUGGAGCUAGUAUGAAACUAGUUUUCCACUUCCACAUAAAAAUGUAACAACUGUACAAAAAAAGUUGGAUGAACAGAAUGUUGAUGCAUUAAUGUUUAUUGGUCUGUUCCACAUGUAUUGGCAACUUUGAUGCCAUCUACUGGUUUACUUUUUUAUAUACAGUUUUAAAGCCAGCUGUCGUAUUUCUGUAGUUAAUUUUCAAGUGUUGUCAUGUUGAUAAAACUAAAUAUGCACUCUAAGGCAAGUCAAUAAGAAAAUGUGUAGGAUUUUCAAUGAUUUUGCUAUUACUGUCUAAGGAUUGUUCCAGUAGGCAGCCUAACAACAAUAGUGAGAGCAAAAAUUCUAGCAUAGGCGCUGCCUGAUCGUU